AUGAGUAUCGUUCGAGACGCCUCGUUUGAGCUUGGGAAGGAAUUUGAUAUCACAUUCUGUCAACAUGAAGUUUGCAAGCCAGUGGCAGCUGGGGCGGUCGAUAUGGCCGCAAAUCCUGAUAUCGUGGAAUCAAGGCUCCUGAAGUCUUCAUAUUCCAUCUUGACAAAAUUCUCAUGGUCUGAAAAGGAAGGGCCGCGUGAGAUUUACCAGCCAUCGAGGAACCAAUUUGAUCACUCGUGGGAAUUUAAAGCCCGUGAUUGGAUGGGUAAAGUGGGUGAAAAGAUUUCGACGAAACAAAUUUUCACCUCAGAUAGCAAUGAAUAUCUCUGGCGAGAACGAUUCGUCCGUGAACACAAUGACCUCUCUUGGCAGGAGACAAUCAACGCUUGGGAUAUUCAUCCUGGGCCAGAUAAAUUCACUGUUCCAACGAAACUUCGAGGGGCACAGUGCGAAACCAUUUGUUUGAAUGUUGAUUUUCGCAAUAAAAUUCCGGACCACUCCGUCUUGAGAAAAAAGAAAGGAUAUUUCUACAUGCGAUACUCUCUAGAACUCCACCUCGAUGGAGACUCUCUAACCUUCCUUAUCAAGACGAAGGACAAAAAUGGGAAUCAAUAUUUAGUGGAGAUCGACGAUCUCGGAACCACAAUCUCUUCUGUGAUUUUAACAGGAGACUGCGCUCAGACCCGCCAGGAACGUAGCUCGAACAUUUCAAAUUCGACAAUAGCCGAUAAGACCAGAUUUGCUUCGACGUGUGGUAAUCAAGUCAAGAAAUCGAAUCAGAAUAUCGGUAUCAGUAUAUCUCCUGAUGAUGCAUCACCUCAAGCAUGCAAUUCUGUCAAUCCAGUGACACCAACGCCAUCUUUGGUCGAUCCAUUUGAGAAACUCGAGUACGACUCGGUGAAUUUGAAUCUCCUGCUGGACCAACACCACAUAAGUAGCGAAGAGUUAGAGGAUCCCUUUUCCUCUACUUGUCCGCGACCAAAAAGUGAUCUGUAUAAGCCAGCACGUCGACCGCGUAGAGGAAUAAAGAGCAAAAAGGCUCCAACUCUGGAGACACCCCAAGUUCCACGACCGACAACACUCGACAACAUAGGACUACCUAUAAAUGAUCGCUCUCGAAGCAUCGAUGAGCUGUCAUCGUCGGUAUUGCCACUAGCAUCACCUGUAGUGCCAGAAGACACAAUAGUCGUGCGAUGUCGAAAGAUCUCCUUUACAACCCCAGCACGAUUUGGAUGA